UUUGUAUUUAGAUGUGAAAUAAGAAGGGAAAGGAAGGGGAACAACUUUUUCAGUUAUAAGAACAUAAUCCACAUUCAACCAUUUCAGUUCGUGAAUAUUUUUAAAAUUUUUACAGCUGCUAGGCUAAGGUUAGCAGCUAAUGAGAAGGCUGAGGCUGAAAAGAUUUUGCAAAUUAAGAGAGCUGAAGGUGAAGCGGAGGCUAAAUAUCUGGCAGGAUUGGGUAUUGCUCGCCAGCGUCAGGCAAUUGUGGACGGUUUAAGAGAUAGUGUAUUAGGUUUCUCGGUUAACGUUCCUGGAACAACUGCAAAGGAUGUUAUGGAUAUGGUUCUCGUAACUCAGUACUUCGAUACAAUGAAAGAAAUAGGUGCUACCUCCAAGUCUUCUGCUGUGUUCAUACCUCACGGACCUGGUGCGGUUCGUGAUGUGGCAACUCAGAUCCGCGAUGGACUUCUUCAGGCUUCCCAGCAUAAUCUAUCUUAACUUCUCCCUCGGUUUUUGAAAUUCUGACCGAAACAAGAUUUUAUCUAUAUUGCUUAAUAUUUCGUGGUGUUGGUAAAUCUGUUUUUCGUUUGAUUUUGGAUAUUCCAUUUCCCAUUGCUUGUAUAUUUUAGCCUUUUCUGUGUUUAAAGAAUGGAUAUUGAACUACCAGAGGUAUUGGUUGGUAUAAUUCUCGUAAAAUAAUUCUCAUUUUACGAGAAUUAUUUUUCUCGA